AUGCAGAAUUCCAUAAUAUGGGAUAAAUGUGUUCUUUGUCAGAAGGACAGUGCCGAAUUAUUACAAUGUCCUGCUAAGUCAAGUCGAAAAGAUGUUGGCGCUGGUUAUAAAACUCUUGCUGGGACAUUCGAGAAGAACUGCCAGAAUGACUCCAUUCCCCAAUGUCUUUACUCGCUGGUAAAUAUGAUUUUGCAUGGACCAAAUAUCCGCAAGCAAGCUGAAAACAAAUCAACCCAGGCUACACUUACUGUUUCUCAGCUACUUCAGUUUAACAGUUAAUUUUCAAAUCGAAGUGGAUGUUCCCAUCACGAUCAUCACAAUAGAUGUUGUGAAACACCUCUUCCUAUCUACCUGGGACUUGCUAUUCACACCCGGACACGUAAACGCGACUUAGUGGACAAUUUCUUUAAGCUUGGUCUUUCGGUAUCGUACGACCGAGUUCUUAGUAUAUCUACUGAUAUCAGGAAUACUAUUUGUCGAAAAUUCCAAGAUGAAAACUUAGUGUGUCCUGCUAAGCUGUGGAAAGGCAUUUUGACCACCUCUGCAGUAGAUAACAUUGACCACAACCCCAGUUCAAACACUGCUAAAGGGCCUUUUCAUGGAACCGGGAUAUCUUUAUUUCAGAACGUAUCGCGGGAAUAUCCUGGGAUAGAACAAGAACAAAUAUCUCUGGAGCAUCGUAGUAAACUUGAUACGAAGAAAGUCUGUGAACUGCCUGAUUGGUAUACAGAUGUUCCUCCUUGUAUUCUGAGAGAUGCGAAUGCACAUACAACAAACAAUGUUACGCUAAGAACUGACGAGGAUUAUCUAUCUAUUGCUCUUCAAGAUGAAAUUGUGGCUGCAGCAAGUAAAACGAGGUGUGGAGGAAGAGAUGCUUCCAGAAGGUGA